AUGUUUUCACUCAAUCACUCAUCGAACACGGGUACCACAGUUGCAUACCCUGUGCCAUUUCCUAGCAACCUUUACGUUGAUGAUGAUGGCAAUCAGAUUAUGCUCUAUAUUGCACUUUUCUUCGCCUAUCGCGUUGAAAAAUGGGUUAAAGGAGCGACAUCCGGCGUGCAAGUGGGCGGUACUUGUAUUUUUUGUUGUGGUGUAUGGGUUGAUAAAACAAAAAAUGUAUAUAUGACUGCUUAUCGUGGUGACAGUAUAACUAAAUGGUCACCCCAAACAAAUACUAGUAGUGUCGUUGUCAGCUUUUUCAUUGAUCCUAGAGAUAUCCAUGUCGAUGAAACCACUGAUUCAGUGUAUGUAGCUGAGGUGACGCAGAAUCGCAUUCGAAUGGUUUCGCCAAAAGCACCACAUGGCGUCUACGUAGCUGGAGCGACCGACGGCAGCCAGGGCGAUUAUGCUUCACAGUUACGUGCUCCGCAAGGUAUAUGGGUCGAUGACAAGACAAAGACUGUGUAUGUUGCCGACACAUAUAACGGACGCAUUCAACGUUGGAAAGCCAACGCAUACAUGGGCGAUACUAUUGCUGGCUCAGGUAUGCAUAUUAAUAGCAUUGAAUUCUGUCUUAUGAAAAGAAGAGAUGAAGUUCGAAUUUUAGAAACAGAUUUUUUUCUUCAAUUACGUAUUACUCAAUAG